AUGGGAUUCCUGAUGCGUUUUCCGAUGGAUGGCAAGAUGACCUUUGAGAAGAAGCUUGUCGACAAAGGCAGUCUGUCCAGUGAUGAUGAGUCCGAUGGUCGUCCCCAAGUGCCCAAGGUUGUCGCUGACCGCUUUGACAUUUCGCGUAAGCUGGGAAGCGGCUCGUACAGUGUUGUGCGCUUGGCCUGGGACCGCAUAGCAAAUCGCUAUGUGGCUUUGAAGUUCGAAUGGACGAAAGCUGAGAAGACCGACAAGCUCCUCAAAGAGGCUGAGCUCUGUCAAGUCUUCGGUUUGGACAGCCCGACCACAACGGUACACUGGUGCGGGAGUCAGGACGAGUACAAUAUCAUGGCAAUGGGCCUGCUGGGCCCCUCCUUGGAGGAUCUCUUCAUGAAGACCUGCCGCAGGAAGUUUAGCUUGAAGACUGUGCUCAUGCUUGGGGAGCAGAUGAUCAACUGCAUAGAGUUUGUUCACUCGCACAAGAUCUUACAUCGGGACAUCAAGCCGAGCAACUUCGUUGUUGGUGCGGGGGAUGGGCAAAAUGACAAGGUAUACAUUGUGGACUUCGGCUUGGCAAAACGUUUUCGAGAUCCAGAUACUGGCAAACACAUUCCGUUUGUCAAGAAGAGUGGCAUCACCGGAACGGCGCGAUACGUGACGGUCAACCUGCAUCAGGGCUGCGAGCCGAGCCGACGGGAUGACUUGGGCUCCAUCGGCUAUGUGCUGCUGUACUUCCUGCGCGGGAAGCUUCCUUGGCAAGGAAUAAACCAUCGCGACAAGAAGAAGCGCAAAACGCGCAUUGGAAAACGCAAGGCGGCAACGUCGCACCAGGACCUGUGCAAAAGCUUUCCCAAGGAAUUCGUGCAGUACCUGGAGUACUGCGACUCACUAGGCUUCAAGGACAAGCCCGACUACGAUCACCUCCGCAGCCUCUUCCGGAAAGCAGCUUCUCGACACCAGUUGGACUUCGACUGGCAGUUUGAUUGGCUGACCCCCCGCCAGAAGCGCAAACGCGCACCAGUAUCUGGGAGUCCCUCCGGCAAGGUGGAGUCCUCCACGUACGAGUCUUACGAGUCCUACGAGGACUCGUACAGCUCGACACGCAGCGGAGCUCGUCCUGAGUCCGACCGGGGACACAAGAAGAGAAGGAAGAGGUGA